AUGACCUCCCAAAAUCCUAUACGCAGGAAACUUGUCAUCGUCGGCGACGGUGCUUGUGGAAAGACAUCGCUUUUAUGUUCUUUUGCUCUGGGAGAAUUUCCGAAAGAAUAUGUAUCCGUAUUCGACAACUAUGUUGCCGAGAUUAGGCUCGACGAGAAACCGGUUCAGCUGGCACUCUGGGAUACUGCUGGACAAGAAGAAUACGAACGUUUGCGGCCAAUGUCAUAUUCCAAGUCACACGUUAUACUGAUUGCUUUCGCCCUGGAUACUCCGGACUCGCUGGAGAAUGUGGAAACCAAGUGGAUAGAGGAAGUGCGAUCUAUAUGUGGUCCGACCAUUCCUGUCAUAUUGGUGGGAUGCAAAGCCGACCUCCGCCCAUCCCCGGACCAGCCGACUCCACCAGGUAGCUCUCGCACCUGGGUCACCAGAGAGCAGGGUGAACGUGUCGCUCAUGCCAUUGGUGCUCGCGCAUACAAGGAAUGUUCGGCCCUUAAGAUUGAGGGUGUCGAUGAUGUAUUCGAGACUGCCACUCGAGCCAGCAUGCUAAUGAGGGACGGUGUGCCGACUAAUGGUCACGCCGGGACUACGGAAGGUCGGCAUCACAGGCGAAGGAGCAGCGGCAAGGGCGUGGACAAGGAGACGUCCAAGAGCUGGACCUGCUGCGUGGUGUGUUAA